UGAUUUUGAGACUUUUCGAAACUCCAUUAAAAGUAUAAAAUAAAUAGUUCUGAAAGCAAAUUUCACUCACAGCCAGUUUAAUAAAUGAAAUUGCCGACAGUUGCAAUGUACAGAGAUUAUGUAGAUUAUUUGUUAUAUAGAAAAAAGUGGCUUCAUAUAACUCAAGUAGUUUUACUAUACUCUGAAUAGAGUAUAUAAAGUUUGCGACGAAGUUAGCUACACCCUUUUCUUUUGGGUCGGUCCUAUAAAAUGCUUAUAUGCAAAGUAUUUUCUCAAUUUCGGAGAUAUCGGUCUGAAAGUUGUAAGCGUCUUUUUCAUUCAAAGAGUUCCACUACUCAUUGCGUGGAAUCGUCAUUAUCAGACCACUGAAGCAGAUAGCUGCCAUAUUCAGUGCAGCCAAGGUUAACGUUUUUUUUUUCAUUUUUUACUGAAUUCAGUUAAAGAUAGAUAGUACAAGUGCGAGCAUUUUUUUUUGAAUGUGCCUAUAAAUAUAAAAUAAAUAUAAUUUCAAGGUUAAAAAAAAUCAAAUUUUGUUGGACUAGGUAUGUAAUGAACUACUUAAGGUAAGGUAAAAAAAAAUAAAUCGAUUUACUUCAAGAAGCUGAAGCUCAAGCGCUGACUUACCUGAAAAUAUUUGUCGUCGGUUCCCCACAAAUAAGUAUCUGAACUCAAUUUAACAUUAAAACACCGUGGCCUACCUGGUUUCAGUGCAUCAAAUCCUAAGCAUCUUCGCGUGCGCGUUUUGUAUAAAAUUACUUCUGAAGUCUGUUAGGAAGCCAGCCAAAUUUUGUUCAAAACAGUGUUUUCACAUUUCUGUUUUCUGAUUUUCAUAGUUUAUGUACUUAUCUCUAACAUUUUCUUAUUGCUCUACUUAAUGAGAUGAUAACAAAUAUUUGAUAAAAACUAUACAAAACUGUGCGAAUUUCAAAAAAAAAAAACUCCACUUAUGUCUCCGUUUUUAUUGAGUUUGAGCGAUAUUUCACUCAAGCGAAUUGAUCUCUGCCUAUUGUCAUCUAAUUGAAAUAAAUAACACUCAAGUGGACAAACAGACAACUCAAAAUAUAAAAAAUUACUCUCAGUGGUAAGCUUUCGUGUCGCAGAACGCAGCGCUCACAGCCAACGCUUUGUAUUAAAAUUCGAUUAUAUCAACGAAUCAGUCGUAAUUGAGUAAGCAGCAACGCAAAGUGACUUCGACGCGCCAAACUGGUGAAUGAACUUACAUAGCAGCAGCAUCAAAACAAACAAAAAUAAACAAUUUGUAAAUCAUAAUUAGAUCACUGUAAUUCUAAAUUUAACACUCUGAACGCAUACGUCACCGGUAGACUCUUGUUUGAUAGCGAAAUUGUUAUGUUGUGUUAUACGUUGAGUUGCUUACUGAGUUACGCAUUUGUCGGCUUCGGUUUUAUCAAUUACCAGGUUGUUGCUGCUGAUAGUACUGUGGAGCAAAAUGGAGAGAAGCCGCAUAUUAUUUUCAUACUAGCCGAUGAUUUAGGUUUCGAAGAUGUCAGUUUCCACGGCUCGAACGAAUUUCUCACACCGAAUAUCGAUGCACUCGCCUAUCAUGGCAAAAUCCUGGAACGUUUAUAUACGCCGGCAAUAUGCACGCCAUCGCGUGGUGCGCUAAUGACCGGACGUUUCCCGAUACACACAGGCACACAACACUUUGUUAUAAGCAACGAGGAACCAUGGGGUUUGCCAACAAAUUUAACACUUAUGCCAGAAAUUUUCCAAAAAGCUGACUACUCAACCCAUCUGGUGGGUAAAUGGCAUUUGGGUUUUGCAAAACGUGAAUACACGCCGACUUAUAGAGGCUUCGACAAUCACUAUGGCUAUUGGGGUGGCUUUAUUGAUUACUAUCAGCGACGCAGCCAAAUGCCGCUGCCGCACUACUCGAUGGGCUAUGACUUCUAUCGCAAUUUGGAGCUUGAAUGCGCCGAUCGCGGUGUUUAUAUGACAGAUCUACUCACCAGUGAAGCUGAGCGUAUAAUACUCGCGAAUAAUAACACGAAGCCACUUUUUCUCUUGCUGAGUCACUUGGCAGUGCAUGCUGGUAACGUUAAUGAGCCGUUGCAGGCGCCGAAGGAAGAUAUUGAAAACUUCAGCUACAUUAAAGAUCCAAAUAGGCGCAAAUAUGCAGCAAUGGUCUCACAACUGGAUCAGAGCGUUGGUCGUGUAAUAAGCGCACUUGAAGAAGCCAAUAUGCUUAAGAAUUCUAUAGUAAUAUUUCAAUCGGACAAUGGUGGACCUUCAGUUGAUCUUUUCGCAAACUCAGCAUCGAACUGGCCUUUCAAAGGGCAAAAGAAUACAGCAUGGGAGGGUGGCGUACGCGUUGCUGGCGCCAUUUGGAGUCCGCUAAUUCCGCAACGUCGUUCACUCUUUCGCCCAACCAUCUAUAUAGGUGAUUGGUUACCCACUUUAGCCGCUGCCGCCAAUAUACCGCUUAAUCAAACAGCGUUGCAUUUGGAUGGUCUGAAUUUAUGGCCAGCAUUUAGCGCCGCAAGAAAUAAUGUAAAUCCUGAAAAUUACACCCGCGAAAUAGUGCAUUACCUCGACGAUGUGUGGCAUGUUGCUGCUUUACUGCAAGGCGAUUGGAAGUAUGUGAAUGGCACAACAUCAGCCGGACGUUUCAAUAAUGUGCUGACCUAUCGUGAACUAUACGAUACGGAUCCGAGAAGCGUCGAUUACUUUACAGCCGUGAAGAACUCAAGUACCGCGCAGGUAUUGCAAAGAUAUGACGAAAAUGAAUUGCAGCGAGAACUUGUCAAUCAGCUGCGUAAUGAGGCCACGGUAGACUGUGGCAAUGGCGUACAACGCAGCUGCAAUCCGUUGUGGGAAGAAUGUCUCUACAAUGUGGCUGUUGAUCCAUGUGAACGUAAUAAUUUAGCUCCGUUAAAUGAGUAUAAAAAAAUAUUGAAACGCAUGCGUAGAAGCGUACGACAAUAUAGAAGUAGCGCUAUGCCGUUGGCUAAUCGUAGAGGUAGCUUUGAGUAUAGCCCUUCACGUCAUCGCUGCGUGUGGUCUAACUUUUUGGAAGAUACCGCCAGUGAGGAGUUUUUCGUUUGCGGUCUCUAUGGUAUGCCCUGCGAAACUGCUACUUCAGUAGAGGGCAUAAAAGUGGAGCAUACUUAAAGCAGGAAAUAGGUUUUGUUAAAAAAAUCGUUGAUACAAUAAAUAUUAAUGUUAAAACUACUACUCCAUCAGUUAACAGUCUUUGAUGGAUUUCAAACUUAGGUACAUUCCGAUUGCGUAUGAGUAAACAGUAGAAAUGACUUUUUUCAUCUUACUUGCGUAUAUACAGACGAACAUGUCUAAAUCGACUGUUCUAGUCAUGCUGAUCAUUAAUAUAUUAUAUAUAUAUAUUGUAUAGGGUCUCCGAAGUUCUCUUCUGAGUCUUACAAGCUUCGUGGCAAACUUAAUAUGUGUAUCCUGUUCAGAGUAUAAUGAAGUACACCUCGAGUGGAGGAGCUUGAACUUCCAAUUCAUUCCAUGAACAUUAAUUUCUAGACCUUGAGAGAGACACGGGUACUAUGGAGUUCCACCAACCGAAAAUGAAUUACUCACUAUCAUAUGUGUUCGGACUUGUCGAUAAAUAAGUUUCUUCCAUUUUGUAUAUAUGGCACCACAAUGAACAUCUUUCAUAUUAAUCGCGAAGUAAUUAGCGAAGUGUUCAGCCAGAAACUCCUUAAAAUAUAACUCUCAGCAAAAGGUUGUUUCUAAUAGAGUAAUAUUCUUGGGUAAAACUCUAAGUGAUAUGAAAACCUUGGUUGGUGCCUUAAUUGAGUGAUUUGAACGUGGAUCUAGUAUACUUGGGAUCGUGGCUUGAUGUUCAGGUCGUUAUACAACCGGAUAUAUAUGUACGGGCAUGUAUAUCUAUAUUAUUAAUAAGGUUAUCGCGGAAGAAGAUGUAGAUGGGUGUUCAAUCUGGAGUGUACUUUGGUCCAAUCUUAAAACCCUACAAUUUCUUUGCAUAUAGUAAUUUAAAGUAGUGUUGUUAUUGUUGUAGAGGCAAAAUUUUGUCCAAAAACACUAACUAUUGCAUAAAUAAAAUGAUCAGGAAAAUGCAAACACAAUUACUUCCCCAGUCGCUGAAUAAGCUCGCUAGUCUCUGGAUAAACUUUAUAAAUGCGGUCUCUCUCUACCGCUCAAUCACUAAAGCGCUUAGCUAUUAUUUCUCUCUCUAUCCAACUCGCUCGCUCUCUGUUUACGGUAGUUAAAGUUGCACUUAUCGACUAAUAACGGUCGGUUGUAGUGCGCGAGCUUGACUAAAUCUCCGCGAAGUAACUCUAUUCAAAAAAAAAAAAAACAAUAUAUCAGCGUAUAAUUUAUUUAUGCAGAUUUUGCUUGUGUUUACUGAUGAUUAAAUUAAAAUGCUGAACAAGCAAUUGAGUUAGUUAACCGCGCUCAGCGUAACGAAACGGUUUGGAUAGUGCUAUACUACAGCAGGCGUUAAAGUUUGUUCGUAUACGGAAUUGAUGUGCAAUGAUUUGAGAUUUGCGC